AUGACGACGAAUGAAAACGACAUCGCGCGCUCGCCCCUGCGCACCGUCCGCGCGCCCAACGACGGCGCCGACGACGGCGGAUUCAUGUCCCACGCCCCGCGACCGGUGAAAUUACGAAACGUCGAUCCGAGUCACCCGGUCGUGAAACACGCGCCGAGCACGGGCGUGGAGGCGAUCAUGCGCGGCGAUGAAAACGCACCGUUCUCGGACGGACGAACGCGGCGGACGUGGAACGAGAACAGGGCGGCGCAACACCAAGGGGCGAAUCUGUUCAACGCGCGCGUCGCCCCGGCGACGGUGCGCGCGAGCGGGAACACGAACAGAGAUGGGAAAUUGGCGAACGUCGCGGCGAGAUUCGAGACGAUUCAUCCGAAAACGUUGACGUUGCAAGAGCUCAGACAGGCGUGCCGAGCGAGAGGGGUGAAUCCGGGUGGGUCGAAGGAUGCGCUCGUGGAGCGCCUGGAGGAAGCCAUCGCGCGCAAGGAGUGCGCUCCGCUGACGUUGGAUUCUAGACCGACGACGCAACGAGGGGCGGUGGGGGCGGGCGCGAGAUUCGCGAGUAAGGCGGCCGAAGUCGUCGCUCCGGCGGCGGUGAAUCGUGAGCUCAGGGAGUCGCAGAAGAUUUGGCGCGCGCAGCAGGGGGGACAUGACAUUUUUGGCACCAAAUUCGUCGACGAACAACCAAAGAAGCGAAAGAUGGUCGAGGGACCGAAGACGACUUUUUCCUUCGAGGCAGUCUCCGACGCAUUCGAACCCUCGAAGGAGGUCGCUCCGAAGGACGAGAGCGUGAUCGCACCCGCGACGGAGGAGGUUGCGCCGAAGCGCGCCAAGGUGGCGGCGCCGCUGGAGGCGCCGUACGCCGAGCACGAGCCUCCGGCCGCGGUGACCGCCGAGGGUCCGACCGCAGAGCAUCGCAAGUCUGCCUGGUCCAGCUUCCAUGGCGCGGGUUUGUUCAGCGAAUCGUGGACCACUGCCUCGGCGGAGGAGGAGGCGGCGGAUGCGAGCCUGGUGAAAUCAGCCACCACGGCCACGGGCGCUUGGGCCUCUCUCGACGACGAACACGAACCCGCCGAGGCGUCCGAGUUCGAUCACGACGACGAAGAUGAAGAUGAUGAAGAAGCCCGCGCUCUUCGCGAGGCCGACGAGGCCGUCGCCGCGGCUGAACGCGAGCUCGCCGAGGAGCUCGCGCGCGAGUCGGCGGGUUCCGAUUCCGAAUAA